GGCAGGCACUGGAAAAGCAGCCGGGAAAGAAUCACAGGAAGCUCCUGGUUUUGCUGUCUGUUCGCCCCUGACCAGGUUUCCAGAGGCACAAAUAGCAGAAAACACCUUGAGAAUGACGAGGAAGAUCUUCAGCAACACCAGGGAGAGGUGGAGGCAGCAAAAUGUCAACAGUGCCUUUGCCAAGCUGAGGAAGCUCAUUCCCACGCACCCACCAGACAAAAAGCUGAGCAAGAACGAGACGCUGCGCCUGGCCAUGAGAUACAUCAACUUCCUCGUCAAGGUCCUGGGAGAGCCAGGCCUGCAGCAGACAGCCGUGGCAGCCCGGGGCAGCAUCCUGGGGCUCUUCCAGCAAGCCCCACACUUGCAGAGCAUGGAGGAGCUGACACUGAUUGAAAACUGUGGUGUCUCCUGUCCCGGCAUGGGCAGCAAUAUAGCAGAGUGUUGGUCAGAGGCGUCAUCCCCCUAGCAGACAAUGAGAUGUGCAAGUCUCGGUGUUAGUGUGAUAGUCCCUCUCUCCUGGCAGAAUCUGUGGGUAGCUCUUUGGUGUAUUGUGAUUAUUUAUUUGUAUUUAUUGCUAUUUAAUUUGUAUUUUUAUUUAAUAGGGUAGGAAAUACUUGGUCGUGCAAAAACCUGGAAGUCCAGAUGGAGAAC